CCCUGGGUAGUGACGCAAUGGGAAGAAGGUCCUUCUGAUUGGCCGCGGCUCUUUGUGCCUUGGGAGCGGGCCUUUUGGAGGAAGCCGGAAGUGGAGACUCUGAACGAGGUAAAUAAAGAAUGGAGCGGAAUGUGAGCAGAAUUCAUAUGGUUUCUGAACCCAGCAUAAUUUAUUUUCUGCAAGUAUCUUGGGAAAAAGAUCUAGGUUCUGGUUUUGACAUAACUCUUACAGAUGGCCAGUCAGCAUGGAGUGGAGCAGUGACUGCAUCUGAGAUUUCCAGGGAAGCUGAUGACAUGGCAAUGGAAAGAGACAAGUAUGUUGAUGAACUCAGAAAAGCAUUGGUGCUGGGAACAGAUCCAGCGAAUGUGUACAAGUUUGAUUUUUCUGAAGAGAAUUGCCAUUUCUCCUAUGAAAAAAGCCUGAAAGAUGUUUCUUUCAUACUUGGAUCACUAAACCUGCAGAAAGUCUCAAGCCCAGCUGAAGUCAUCCGAGAACUGAUGAGCUAUUGCCUAAACUGUGUGACUGACCAGCUCGCCAAGAACAGACACCUGCAGAGAGAGAAUGAGAUGCUUCAGAGGGACUGGAGUGAUGUCCAAAAGCGUCUUGAAAAGUGUGUGACUGCUAAAGAAAAUCUGGAGGCAGACCUUUAUAAGCGUUUUGUUCUGGUGCUGAAUGAGAAGAAAGCAAAGAUUAGAAGCUUGCAUAAAUUGUUAAAACAAGCCCAAGAACCAGAAGAGGACACACAAGAUGAAAGGGAAUCUGUAGACAAUACCCAAAGCCAUAAGAAAAGAGAGGCAGCCUAUGAUGAAAGUACUGAUGAGGAAAGUGAAAAUUUACCUGUUUCUUCUGAAGUAGUUCCAGCCAAUUUUAGCCAAAACAAUUCCAUUAUUUCAAGUCCAGAUGUCACAGAUAUUGCACCAAGUAGAAAGAAGAGGCAACGGUUGCAGAAAAAAGUUGAUACAGAACCUCAACUGGUUGAUCAGAAACCACCUCUUCAAGAAAAGGAAAAACCUGAGCCUUCACAACUUCAGUCAUCAAGCAAGGAACCGUUCUCAUCUGAAAAUAUGUCCUUAGAAACCUUAAAAAACAGUAGUCCAGAAGACCUUUUUGAAGAUAUGUGACUGUCUCCAAGAAACACUUUAAUGAUAUUUGAUUAUAAUCCUUUUUUUUCUUUUUUCUUUUCUGUCUUAAACUUAAGGAGCACAACUUGACAGUGGCUAUUACACCUUAUAAUGUAAUUAUAUACACAGCAUUGAAACAAUUGUACAGAAUGGAUUACACAUGUAUCGGAUAUGAUUUCCUGACAGUAGCUCAUUAUUCAAAGCUGUUCCCGACCACACUCCUCUAAUUACAUCAAAUCUCAAAGUCUCUCCAAAGCCUGCAUCUGUUUUAUCCAGCACACAUAUGCUCUCUAUGCAGUCUGUCUAGCACACUAUGUAAGAUGAUUUUAGAAUAGGAUCAAGAAACUAGCCUUAGCAAUUUAAUUUCUGAAUUUUCCUCUAAGCAUUCCCAAAGAUAAAUAUAGAUAUUUGUGGUUGUUUUUUUUUUAAUUGAAGAAUAAAAUAUGACACAUAUCUAUUUUUAGUAUGCGGUUACAUAUCCAAAGCACCCAAUAAUAAAAUUUCUGAUACCUUAAAGAAUCAGUGUCCUUUAAAGAAUACAUUAUUUAAAGUAUUUCAUUCCUUUCCUAUAGAGGCAAGCUUAGAAAAAAGCACCUAAGGAAGGGAAGGUGAUACUUUUAUAUUGCUUAAGUGGAAAGAGGCAAGUCCAUUGGGAUUAGGUGAUAAAGGUCCCAGAUACCCUUCUGGAAUUCCCAAGGCCAAAAUAAUCCUUUAUUUACAAGUGAAAUGAGCUAAGCUGUUAAAGCCCAUUUCCUCAAAGAGGCUUGUUGAAAGAGUGAGAGUUCACCAAAGGAAGUAUGUAUUUGAUGCAAAGAAAUAAGUACUUCAGAAAGCUCAAGUUAUCUGUUUUGCUCUGCUCAAUUAUAUAUACAGUAAAAACUCACCAUAGCAUUGAGGUCAAGAAACAGAAAUGACAUCCAAGUGAUUGGCUUUGGGGGUGAGAAUGAGAAAGGAACUCUAUUCAUCAUUCUGUACCCUAGGGAUGAGAGCUACCCAAGCUGAUGAGAGAGCAAAGCAUUUUUAAACAGAAUUUUACUGGGUUUUUUGUUGUUGUUGUUUUUUGCUUGGGGAGCUUACCUUGGGAGAAGAGGAGAAAUAACACAUAAAGUCAUACUCUGCUUAACUACAUAGGAGCCUUGCUCUUAAUGUGACCUGCUAAUAAGAGUGUGAAACUCUCAGUAAUUCAGAUUUGUCACCAAUCCUGUUACUGAAAGGACCAAAAAGACCUAAUUAGAGCAAGGUCUCAUCUAUAACAAAGCCCUACAAUAUGAAUUUAAUUCAAUACUUGCAUUCCUGCUUUAAGCAUAAGAAUACAGGAUGUUAUAUAGAACCUGAGUUUCAACUCACUUAUGUUAUUAUUAACAGUUCACAUGUAUUUAGAGCUUUAAGGUUUUCAGAGUACUUUACUGGAAUUAUCUCAUUUGCUGUACAGUAAUUAGACAAAAUUAGUAUAAGUCUUGGAGUUAGG